GAGCAUGACACUCCUAUAGUCCUAGUCUUAUGGCCACUGCUGCUAUUCUCGAAUUCUAAUCCCGAGUCAAGUGGUAGCAUUGGUCGAAAGUGCUGCAAAGCUACUUUGCAGCAAUCUCGACCAGCCUCCUUCACAUAACUCGGGAUAGAACUUUUUUGUUCUUAUAGAGUAAGAUUGUUUAUAGAUUGAUUUGGUUCGGAUAUCUAAUACUAUUCAUAUGCUUAAAGACUGUUUUUUUGAACCAAAUUAGUAUUGUAAUUUUGUAAAGCUUUAGAAUUAAACUAGACUGAUUAAAUAAUUUGAAUCAAAUCAAACCAAUCGACUACAAAUUUGGUUGGUUUGGUUAGAAUUAAUUUAGUUGGGUUAAUAGCCACAAAUUAUAUGUCAUCACUCAUGAGUGCCAUCUUAUGUCUUAUGUUAGUAAAAAAACACCAAACAGGCAAAUAUUCUAUUCAAUUAUGAGGAAAGUGACACUCAUACUUUUUCAAUCAUUCAAUGAUUUCAAAUGAAAGAAGAAAAGAUUACUAAACUAGAGAGCUAAGCAACAUAGAAAAUUUGAGAAAAAUUAUUAAAAAAAAAGUGACUUCACUUCAAAAUUCAAUAUCAUUACUGUGUGUGUGUGUGUGUGCUUCUUCCUUCUUCUAGGGCUUACAAAUUGUACAAUAAGAAAAAGACAAAUCUGAUGGAAAAAGGGUUAGACAUGAAAUUCUCUUAAAGGAGAGUAUAUUCCACUACUGUACUACUCCACUCUCUCUUUUAUCAAAUUUGUUUAUUGUUGGGUUGGAAAUGGCAAAAGAAGGAGGCUUUUUCAUAAUGCAAUUACAGAUACACUCUGUAUUCAUUCCCAAGCUAAAGCCAAAGUUUUUAUUCAAUCUUAAACACAAAAAGAUUGAAUCUUUUUGCUCCACCUCCACUCUAAUCCUAAAUUCCUACAAACCCAAUAAACCUCAACUCGUUUGGCCCUCUCCCACAGAUGAGAUUCCAUUUUGGAACAAGGAGUUUCCUUGUUCUGAUCACAUGGGUGUUGAUGAAUAUGAUGCUGAUGCUGAUGCUGAUGCUGAUGUGGUUAGCAACCAUGAUCAUCAUCAGCUCAUGCACAUCACUCAUGUCACAGCUGAAAUGGCACCCAUAGCUAAAGUGGGUGGUCUUGGUGAUGUUGUCACUGGACUUGCUCGUGCCUCUUUAUCUUGUGGCCACACCGUUGAUAUAAUGCUCCCUUUUUAUGAGUGUAUCCCAAGGCAUCAAAUCACUGACUUGGCUUUAAUCACCACCUUUAACUCAUACCAUGAUGGAGUUUGGAUCCCAACUGAAGCCUAUAAAGGAUUGGUUUCUUCUAUCCCUGUUAUUUUCAUUCAACCCUCAAACCAUUUCUUUAAGGGGAAACAUGUGUAUGGUGGCUCUUAUAAUGAGCUUGAUGCUUAUGUCUUCUUUAGCCGUGCUUGUCUUGAAUGGAUGCAGGUAACUGGAACCCAACCAGAUAUUAUUCAUGUUCAUGAGUGGCAGACAUCAGUUUUGCCUUUGCUUUAUUGGGAUAUGUAUCAUAAUCUUUCUCUAAAGAAACCAAGAAUAGUCCUAUCAAUCCAUAACAUGGAGCAUUUUGGAGAGUGUAGUGAACAACAACUUAGCAAGUCUGGUCUUGAUGGUUCUCUAUAUGCAACUAUUGACAAGGCAGUUGAUGAACGAACUAUUGGCCAUAAUCCCGAAAGAUUGAGCUUAUUGAAAGGUGGAAUCGUCUACAGCAAUGCAGUUGUCACAGUCUCCCCAACAUAUCUUAAAGAAACCAUGUGUUCAGGAUGGCUUUCAAGCACUUUAGUGAGCAAUCGACAUAAGUACUUCGGUAUAUUAAAUGGGAUCGACACAGCGAUAUGGAACCCUGCGUUGGAUAUUUUCUUGCCUGCAAAAUUCCAUGCUGAGAAUCUUGAGGGGAAAAAGUUAUGCAAGUACUUUGUCCAGAGAGGCCUUGGUUUGGCCUCUAGUGAUAGUGCAUUGGAUAUGCAAACCAAGGUGCCAUUGGUUGUUUGUAUUACACGACUCGUCGCUCAGAAGGGUCUUCAUUUAAUUAUUCACGCAAUGAAGCGUGUUGAACAACUUGGUGGACAAAUGAUUAUACUGGGAAAAGCUCCAGAUGGUAACAUUCAAAGAGAAUUUGAAGGACUUGCCAAUUUGGUAACAGAUUUCAUCUUCCUCUCUUUUGGUAACAGAUUUAUUCUUGCGAAUUUGCAUAAUGAAGGUCCUAGCAUUCGAAUCUUAUUGAUGUAUAGUGAGGAGCUGUCUCAUAUGCUUUAUGCUGCAGCAGACAUGGUGUUUGUUCCUUCCAUGUAUGAACCAUGUGGACUUGCACAAAUGAUUGGCAUGCGUUAUGGGGCGGUUCCUGUGGUUAGAAAGACUGGUGGUCUUGCAGAUACAGUCUUCGACAUGGACGAUCCGCAAAACCAAGAGAAAGCCAAUGGGUUUGUUUUCGAGGGAAUCGACGAAACAUCUCUAGACGGGGCACUCGAUCGCGCAUUUUCCUACUUUAAAGACAAUCCUAAUAAAUGGAACAACAUAGUGAAGAAGAUUAUGGAAAUUGACAAUAGUUGGAACAACACAGCUGGGAAAUAUAUUGAGCUGUAUAGCUCAAUCAAAGCAAAUGUUAACUAAUACUAAAAACACAACAAAGGCCUUCAAUUUCAACUCUCAUUUUGGCUAUACUUUCUCAGAAUAUGAUCAUCAUCUUGGUCAUUUAGAGUAUGGUACCUGCAAAAAUGUAUUAGGCUAUUGUGUACAUAUAAUAAUAAUAAUAAUAAUAACAAGAUUUUGAAAUUUCUUUAGACA